AUGCUACUGCAAUUGCUCCUAACCCCGCCGCCCAGUCGCCCUCAACUCGACUUCCUCACGCCCACCUCCACCAGCCUCCCUCUUCCCCCGUUGUCCAUCCACCUCCGCCGUCAUGUUGCCCGUCUCAUCUCCACCGAGAGCCGCAACUAUUACCGCCGACGCAUCUCAGGCAGCCUCAAGCUCGCUCUCUCAUUCACCGCCAUCCUCCUCCUUUUCAAUGUGGUCCAAAUCGGCGUUAACCAAGCCGAGCUCGAACACCAAUGGCCCACGCCCGACGAAUGGUCGUGGAAGAACCGCUGGCGACUGCGGUCGGCGCAAGCGCACCAAAACCCGGAGAAGAUCGGCAAGCUCAUGACCGACUGGGCCAUGGUCCGGAGUUUCCUGCGGGACCUGCUGGAACAGCUCGAGGAUCCGGAACUCGAAGGCAAGGGCAUCGUGGACCAAGCCGAGGGCGGGUUCCUGGUGGACGGGGUCGGGAAAACGGGCUACGACAUCACCGCCAAGAGCGAGCCGUGGCGCCGGGGCUACUACCAGGCGCUGAUGGGCGCCGCCAAAGCGGCCGAGUCCCUCGAAGGCUGGAUGACGGAUCGCAAGCAGCUGGUCUCCGCGCCGGCCGAGUACGUCGUCGGGCCCUCCAACGCGCGGCCGAAGCCCAUGCCCACGAAGCAGAAGAAGGUGCUCCACGAGGAGGACUGCGAGCCGGCCUCCCCGCCGCCGCAGUCCUUCUACGUGAAGAUCCUCACGACGCGCGGCUUCACUACGGGCCAGAAGGUCGAGGCGGCGCUCGCGUACGCGGACUGGCUCGCCUACAAGGGCCUGGCAGCCACCGCGGAGGAGGUAUACCAGUGGGCGAUGGACAUCGCGGUCUCCGGCACCACCACCGCCACCAGCGACCCGAUUGCGGUGGUGGACACAAAGACGGGCAUCCUCCGCAACGACGGCCAGCACUUCCCGUCCGAGAACAUUCUGCGCGUGUCGACGGCGCAGGCCGUCCACCAGGCCCGCCAGGGCAACCUCCCGACCGCGCUCUCGAUCUUCACCUCCGUGCUCAAAGCCCGCCGUUCCAUCCCCGCGGGCGUGGGCGAGCCCACCACCGCGUACACCCCGACCCUGCCGCGCUCGCCGGACCCCUUCCGCUCCUUCUUCAACAAGCUGCAGACCACCCUCCGCCCCGCCGCCUACCCGCCCCCGCCACCCACCGGCGACGCCCCGCCCGCCCGCACCCCGGCCACCGUCUGCGACCAGGCCGCCCUCAUGACCUACAUCGGCGAGAUCCUCUUCGCCUCAUCCUCCCAGGAAUCCGGCCUCGCCUGGACCCGCGAUGCCGUCGACAUGGCCGAGGCCACCAUGCUCGAGCUGAACUCCCCCGGCUCGGACCCCGAACCCGUCGCCAACGUCCGCUGCGCCGACUGCCUCCGCGUCGGUCUCGCCAACUGGAAGACCAUGGUCAACCAGCUCAUCGCCCGCGCCGAACAGGAGGAAGAUGAGGCCGUCGAGAAGGCCGCCCACCAACGCACUUCUUCUUCUUCGUCGUCGUGGUCGUCGUGGCUCCCCCGCGGCGGCAGCAGCAGCAGCAGCAGCAGCGAAAGUCUGGUGCAGCAGAAGAUCCUCGAGCGGAAGCGCUGGGAGGCCGAGGGCAUGAUCCUCGAUGAGCGUCGCGCCCGGCUCGACUGGUUGGUCGAGGACUAUUCGCCCUACGAGGGCUUGGCGCCGAAUGCGUCGCUCUUUACCUAG